CCGGUGUGAGCGGGCGCGGGGCUGCAGCGGCGGCGGCCCCCCCUGGCCCCAGCCCCGGGGGGGAGCCCGGGCCCUCCCGGCCCAGCCAUGCCCGCCGGCAGCAACGAGCCCGCGGGGCUCCUCAGCUACCAGAGACAUGAUGAGGAGGCUGUGAUUGACCGGGGAAGAACAAGCAAUGUUGUGAACAUUCACUAUGAGAAGGAGGAGCUGGAAGGCCACCGGACCCUGUACGUGGGCGUGCGGAUGCCCCUGGCGCGGCAGAGCCACCGGCACCACCGGCCCCACGGCCAGAGGCAUCGGAAGCGGGACCGGGAGAAGGACCCAGCCCCGGCAGAGCAGGGUUAUCACUACACCCCGUCCCAGCGGGUGCAGUUCAUCCUCGGGAUGGAGGAGGACGAGCAGCAUGUCCCCCAUGACUUGUUCACCCAACUGGAUGAGAUCUGCAUGAAAGACGAUGAAGGUGCUGAGUGGAAGGAAACAGCAAGGUGGCUGAAGUUUGAGGAGGAUGUGGAGGAUGGUGGCGAGCGCUGGAGCAAACCCUACGUGGCCACCCUGUCCCUGCACAGCCUCUUCGAGCUGCGGAGCUGCAUCAUCAACGGGAUGGUGCUGCUGGAUGUCUGUGCCAACAGCAUCGAGGAGAUCGCAGACAUGAUCCUGGGCCAGCAAGAACAGUCUGCAGAGUUUGAUGAGCACGUGCGGACCAAAGUCCGAGAAGUUCUUUUGAAGAAGCAUCAUCACCAGAAUGAGAAGAAAAGAAACCUUCUCCCCAUCGUCCGCUCGUUUGCUGAUGUGAGCAAGAAGCAAUCAGACCUGCACCACCUUGACAAGCCAGCCCAAACACUCACCCCUCAUCCUUCUCCCACCACCACAGAAGCUAAAAAUGGGCUGAACCAGGAAGCUGGUGCAAUGGAUUUAAGCAAGGCGGAGCUGCACUUCAUGAAGAAAAUUCCCACCGGAGCCGAAGCUUCCAACGUGCUCGUAGGAGAGCUGGAUUUCCUUCACCAGCCCAUCGUGGCCUUUGUCCGCCUGACCCCAGCUGUCCUCCUCCCGGGCAUGACCGAAGUUCCCAUCCCAACAAGGUUCCUGUUUGUUUUGCUUGGACCAGGAGGAAAAGCCCAUCAGUACCAUGAGAUUGGCAGGUCCAUGGCUACUAUCAUGACGGAUGAGGUGUUCCAUGACGUUGCCUAUAAAGGCAAGAACCAGGCUGACCUCGUGGCUGGCAUCGACGAGUUCCUGGACCAGGUCACAGUGUUGCCACCAGGAGAGUGGGACCCAUCGAUCCGGAUUGAGCCCCCGAAAAACGUCCCCUCACAGGAAAAAAGGAAGAUGCCGGGAGCUCUGGACGACGGCGCCGCGCACAGGAAGCCCGAGAAGCACAGUGGGCCAGAACUGGAGCGGACGGGAAGGCUCUUUGGAGGUUUGAUCCUGGAUGUGAAGAGGAAAGCCCCGUGGUUCUGGAGUGACUUUCGGGAUGGUCUGAACCUGCAGUGUCUGGCCUCCUUCCUCUUCCUCUACUGUGCCUGCAUGUCCCCUGUCAUCACCUUUGGGGGGCUGCUGGGGGAGGCGACUGAUGGCCACAUAAGUGCCAUGGAGUCACUGCUGGGUGCAUCCAUGACUGGCGUGGUGUUCUCCCUCUUUGCUGGCCAACCUCUCACCAUCCUGGGCAGCACUGGGCCCAUCCUUGUGUUUGAGAAGAUCCUCUACAAAUUCUGCAAGGACUACACACUGUCCUAUCUCUCUCUGCGGGCGUGCAUUGGGCUCUGGACAGCCUUCUUCUGCCUGGUGCUGGUGGCCACGGAUGCCAGCUGCUUGGUGUGCUACAUCACCCGCUUCACCGAGGAAGCCUUUGCCUCCCUCAUCUGCAUCAUCUUCAUCUAUGAGGCUCUGGAGAAGCUGAUUCACCUGCGAGAGGUCUACCCUGUGCACAUGCACAGCAAGCUCGACUUCCUCACCAUCUACUACUGUAAGUGUGAGGCCCCCACCCAUCCCAGCAACGAAACCCUGAGGUUCUGGGAGAGCAAAAAGAUCAACGUGUCUGGCAUCACCUGGGAAAACCUCACGGUGACUGAAUGUCGGUAUUUGCAUGGAGAGUUUCAAGGACCUGCCUGUGGACACAAUGGCCCCUACACACCUAAUGUCCUCUUCUGGUGCUGCAUCCUCUUCUUCUCCACCUUUGUCCUGUCGAGCUUAUUGAAGAAGUUUAAAACCAGCCGUUACUUCCCAACCAGAGUGCGGUCCACAGUAAGUGACUUUGGUGUUUUCCUCACCAUUGUCUUCAUGGUGCUCAUUGACUUAAUGAUUGGGAUCCCAUCACCGAAGCUCCAGGUCCCCCAUGUGUUCAAGCCCACCAGAGAUGACCGCGGGUGGGUCAUCAACCCCAUAGGACCCAACCCUUGGUGGACAGUGUUGGCUGCGCUCAUCCCAGCCCUGCUCUGCACCAUCUUGAUAUUCAUGGACCAGCAGAUCACUGCUGUUAUUGUGAACAGGAACGAGCACAAACUGAAGAAAGGAUGUGGGUACCACCUGGACCUUUUCCUGGUGUCUGUGAUGCUGGGCAUGUGCUCCGUGAUGGGAAUGCCCUGGUUUGUGGCUGCCACUGUCCUGUCCAUCACCCACGUGAAUAGCCUCAAAGUAGAGUCCACAUGCUCAGCUCCAGGAGAACAACGCAAGUUUCUGGGGAUACGAGAGCAGAGAGUCACUGGCUUUAUGAUCUUUGUGCUCAUGGGCUGCUCUGUCUUCUUCACUUCUGUGCUAAAGUUUAUCCCCAUGCCUGUGCUUUACGGGGUCUUUCUCUACAUGGGUGCGUCGUCGCUCAAAGGAAUUCAGUUCUUUGAUCGCUUGAAGCUGUUUUGGAUGCCGGCGAAACACCAGCCGGAUUUCAUCUACCUGCGGCACGUCCCCUUGCGGAAGGUGCAUUUCUUCACCAUGAUCCAGCUGUUCUGCCUCGUCCUGCUCUGGGCCAUCAAAGCAUCCCGUGCUGCCAUCAUCUUCCCCAUGAUGGUUUUGGCUCUUGUUUUUGUCCGGAAAGUGAUGGAUUUCUGCUUCUCCAAACGAGAGCUCAGCUUUCUGGAUGACCUUAUGCCAGAAAGCAAGAAGAAGAAGCUGGAUGAUGCCAAAAAUCAAGCCAAAGAAGAAGAGGAGUCCCAGAAGAUGAUGGAAGCUGCUGCUGCAAAUUCAGUUCAGCUGAGGCUGAGGAAGAGCAAUGACUUGGAUACCCCAAAGCAAAGCAGUGACAGGGCUGAUCCUUCUGACAUCAAUAUCUCAGAUGAAAUGGCAAAAACAACCGUGUGGAAGGCUCUCACUAUGAACACAGAGACCCUCUGAAUCUGGGGAGCAAAGAGUUUUCAUGUUUAGGAACCUUGACUUUGAAAGAGAGGAGUGAGAAGGUGACUCAGGGAUGUGCCAACGCAGACACGGGGAGAAACCACUUUUGUUCAGCUGGAGGAUUCCCAUUAAAGCCAUGAGAUGUUUUCAGUUCCCUCAGUGUGCUUCAGGCAUUUGGUAUCUCUAGACCAGCAAACUGAGGUGCACGUCCCAGGCAGUGGGAGCUGGGUGUUGUGAAGCCUCCGUGUGUACGUGCGUGUGUUGUUGCGGUUCUGUCGUGGCAGAGGGGCUGCGGCCGCCUUAGCGUUCAGUGCUGGCUUUUCAAUCUCUAAUUCCUCCUCUCCUUUUUCUUUUUCCCAAAUAUAAACUCUGAAUGUACAACAUUAUUUUCUGUUAUAUUUGAUGCAUUCUCCACUUUCUUCUUCAUCACGACCAGGUAUUUUUUUUGGCCUGGUCUGGGGCCCUGGCUUGAACCCACUCGCGGUGUCUCACUGGUACCAGGGGUGCCCUCCGUGGUGAGGCAGCAUCUGAGCAGUUGGGCUAAGGAGAAGGAGAAACAUUUGCUCCCUGCACUCCAGUUUUACAGCACUUUUUAUUUUUUGUUUUGGCUCUGCCAUCAGCCUGGGAGCUGCAAAAUGCAGAAUUGCCACCUUUGUGUCCCCUCCCUUGUUCUUCCACUUUCCUUCCUCUUACCUCCCUGAGACUCUGGGCAGUUUAUUCUUCACCCCGUCCUUGCCAAGUCUUUUCUCUCACAGGGUGGGGAUGAGCCAGGAGGAAAGUAGGAGGAUGCCUUGUCCUCCUUGCUUCCCCUGCUGCUUUGCAGGAAGAAGCUGGUAAGCAGAGAUGGUUUUCAGGCUCUCUUCACAUUCUGGGGGGUUGCUGGGCUGCUGUGUCACCCUGGGCACAUGCGGUUGGGUCAGGUGGCUGCAGAGCCUAGUGGAGAGAACAACCCAGAAGAAAAAGGCCUCUUGCAGCCUUCCACCUUGCUGUGGGCUCAGCACCUGCUCCAGGCUCUUGGUGUCUGCAGCCCUGUGCCCCCUGCCUGGCUAGGACAUGCACAGGGAUCCUCCUGCUGUUGGCUCAUCCCAGCCCCUGCAGGAGCAUUUUCUUGUGUUAAACCAACCCAAAAUGAUGAGGGCAAAUUGUUGCUCCUUGCAAACAGGUGGGGAAAAGAUGAAGUUGCUGUGUAAGGAUGGAAGUGGCACAUCACCAGGCAGGGCCGAAAUCCAGUGGCUUUUUGGGACUGGCAUUUGACUGUUGCCAGCAUGAUGUGGUGACUGUUGGAGGGGGAGGAAACUGGUUUAGCUCUUCAGAGGAAGGGGGGGCAAAAAGCAAAAGGCUUGGAGGAAAGGGAGGGUUCAGAGCCUGGGUUUUCUUGCUGCUGUGAUGGCCAAGCACGUCCUGUCGAUGCUGCCUUCCUUCCUUAGUGCCCCCAGAGCUGGUGUUUGUGGUACCAGUCCCGUUGCUGCCCUGCCUCUGAGAUGGAGUUAUUCUAAUUCUGCUCUUCCUUUUUCAUUUUCCUCUGUGUAAGAGGAGAGAGCUGGGCUGGACUCUGCUCCCUCCUGGCAGGGACCAGGGCCAGAGGGUGGGGUUGUUUUUGGCACAUGCCUGGCAUCUCUGCAGCGUCAGGAAGGGAGAAAGAAACUCCCUGUGGCUGGUGAGGAGCAGGCAGGGUCCAUCUCCCCCGGGUCCACAUCUCCCCAGGCUUUGGGGGCUGCAAAGCUUUGGCAGUUCCUUAUUUAAAAAGCAGACCAGGCUCCCUCGGCGUUGCCCCAGCACAGCUGUCUGCUCCAUUGGAAGCUUUGUUUUUGCUAUUUACAGGGCUAGGCUUUUUUCUUUCAUUAUUAGUAUUUUUUUAAAUUCAAUGAGAACCAAGUUCUUGCCUGACCAGAGUCACAGGACUCUGGGCCUUCAAAAAAUGUGGUUGGAACCCCCCAGACUGGCUGUGAGACCCUGUGCUGUGGCUGCCUUUCCCUUUGUACACCAGAGACAAAACCAUAUUUUGGGAGGAUUUAAUAUUUCCCUGUACAAGGAAAAUUAUAUGGCGGGGUUGGAGGGGGGGGAAGGAAAAACCUCUCAAAAGUUUUCCUGGAUUUGCUUUAGCACUUAAAAAAAAUCAUCAUUGGAGUGACCCACAAUGCUUUAGUUGGCAGCAAAGCCCCUCCCCAUUGAUGUGGGAUGGGUGCUGGCUGUUUUCCUCUUCUUUGGUGCCUUAAAACAGCUCCUGAAUCCCCCGUCAGACCCUUCAAAAGAAGUUUCCUAAAAUUAAGUGGGUGGAAAGUGGGAGGGGGAAUGAUGGACAAAGGUAAGAAAUAAGGUGCUGGCACUUUUUUUUAAAUUGUUAUCAUUUUAUUUUUCCCCCUGCUAUGUUUUAUCCCCAGCACACUACAUGUAGAAAUACAGAAACUAUUUUUGUUUCGGAGACGCUGAAAUAAUAUUUAUUUUAUUGUAAGAGAUGAUCUAGUUUGGAAACGCUCUGUGUUGUAAAUAAAACUGAGGGGGGGGGGGGGGGGGGGGGGGAGGGGGAGGAAAACCGUCCGCCAAGCGAAUCUGUUACGAUCACUUUGAAUCUCUGUGUGUUUGUGUCUUGUUUCUUUUUUAAAUCGGAUUUCUUCGGGGUUCCUUCUGUGGAGCUUCCAUCAGGACCCCGCGUCGCCGUCUCGUGUGUCUCGUCUGGGAAGUGUUGCUGCCUCUGUCGCUGGUUUUUCUCUUGUUGACCACUGAAUGUAAUGGGAAAACAACACAAUAAAAGGCUUGAUUGUC